AUGCUGGUUCUCGGACUCACCACAACAAACACUCAUCUGAUAAAUCUUCACCCGGGUCAAUUCAACUCCAAAGGAAAUCGUGAUUUGAGAAUUAUUCCAAGAAAUCAAUUCCUCGCUCUCAGAAUCAUCCUCAAGAGCGAUCAAAAUCACAACCAAGUCACAACCAUGACAUCCCAAUCUACAACAUCAACCCCACCCUCUCAAAUCCAAAUCCAAAAACACAUCCUCAUCCUCGGAGCCGGCAUCUCAGCCCUCCAAACAGCCCUCACACUCCUCACCUCCCCAUCAACAAAACACCACAAAGUAACACUCGUAGCACAGCAUAUCCCCGGAGACCAAUCGCCGGCAUACACAUCCCCGUGGGCGGGCGGCCAUUGGCGCUCUCAUGCCACGUCUGCUGAGGGGGACGAGAGACUGAGAAGUUGGGAUGCUAGGACGUAUGAGGCUUGGUGUGAACUUUUGGAAUCUGGGGAUGGGGAGGUUGAGGGGGAAAGUAUGGGGGAGAGGGAGAGGAGGAUGGGAAUUGGUUUUCGACCAAGUGUUAAUUUUUGGGGACGCGAGUGUGAGGAGACGGUGGAGGGGGGGAGGGGAUUGUGGUGGAGGGAAGGUGUGGUGAGGGGGUUUGAGGUGCUUCCUCUCAGUCAGUUUCCUGUGAGAAAGGGACCUGGGCAGGAAGGGAGUGAGUUGGUUUUUGGGGUGGGGUAUAAAACGAUAUGUUUUAAUCCGUCAACGUACCUCCUCUACCUCUUCAAUCGUAUUCAAUCCCUAGGAGCUACCGUCAUCAAAUCUCCUCUCGAUAAUAAGAACGGUCUAAAGGGUAUCAUCACAGCCGCCAAACUCCUCCUUAAAGAAAAAGAACUACAAGACCUCGAUAUCCUCAUCAACUGCGCCGGUCUCUCAGCCCGUCAUUUCCUCCCAGCAGAAGAAGCACAUAAUCUCUUUCCCAUCCGCGGCCAAACCAUCCUCGUCAAAGGGGACGCAGCCAAAGCACACACCAUCACGAAUCUGAGAGAUGUGAGUACCGAUGAAGUCCUCUAUAUUAUUCCCAGACCCGGCACCGGAACCACGAUUCUUGGGGGCUAUAAACAGGCGGGGAAUUUUGAUGAGGGUGUUGAUGAGGAACUGAGUAGGAGGAUUUUGGAGAGGGCAAGGGAUUGGGGUGUUGCGGAGGAGUUGAGGGGGGUGGAGGGGGGGUUUGAGGUGCUGAGUAUGCAAGUUGGGUUUAGACCUGGGAGGAAGNAAGGGAUUGGGGUGUUGCGGAGGAGUUGAGGGGGGUGGAGGGGGGGUUUGAGGUGCUGAGUAUGCAAGUUGGGUUUAGACCUGGGAGGAAGGGUGGACCUAGGGUGGAGGUUGAGGAAUGGGUGGAGGCUGUGAGGCUGGUGCAUUGUUAUGGGCAUGCUGGGGCGGGAUAUCAGAAUAGUGUUGGGUGUGCGGAGGAGGUUAGGGGGUUGAUUGAGGGGUUGGAGUGA